UAUCAAAGCAUAAUAUAGGAACAGAGAAAGAACACCAUCAAGAAUGGGUUCAGAACCUCCAAAUCCAUACCCCAUCAAAACAGUUGUAGUACUAGUCCAAGAAAAUCGAUCAUUUGAUCACAUGCUAGGUUGGAUGAGAACCCUUAAUCCAGAAAUCAAUGGUGCCACCGGAACUGAGUCCAACCCUCUCUCCACCGCGCAAACAUCCAAUAACCUCCUUCUCUUCGGUGACAAAUCAGUAUAUGUUGAUCCAGACCCCGGCCAUUCAAUCCAAGACAUUUUUGAGCAAAUUUUUGGGGUGCCAUGGAGCCAAGACGUUGCGUCCAAGAAACUAGAGCCAAGCAUGCAAGGAUUUGCUCAAAAUGCAGAGAGAAAUAAAAAAGGCAUGUCUGAAACAGUGAUGAAUGGAUUCAGACCGGAAGCUGUUCCGGUUUAUAAAGAGUUGGUGUCGGAGUUUGCUGUUUGUGAUCGGUGGUUUGCAGCUGUUCCGGCUUCCACGCAGCCUAAUCGGUUGUUUGUGCACUCAGCCACGUCUCAUGGUCUUACCAGUAAUGAUACAAAGAUAUUGGUUGAAGGGCUUCCUCAGAAAACCAUAUUUGAAUCAUUGGAUGAGGCCGGACAUAGCUUUGGAAUAUACUAUCAGUACCCUCCAUCAACACUCUUCUACAGGAAUCUUCGAAAAUUGAAGUACAUAAAGAACUUUCAUCCCUUUGAUCUCACUUUUAAAAGGCAUUGCAAAGAGGGAAAGCUGCCAAACUAUGUAGUAGUUGAACAAAGGUAUUUUGACUUGAAGAUAUUGCCAGGGAAUGAUGAUCACCCUUCUCAUGAUGUCUUUGAGGGCCAAAAUUUUGUCAAAGAAGUCUAUGAGGCAUUGAGAUCAAGUCCCCAGUGGAAUGAAAUGUUGUUCAUAAUCAUAUAUGAUGAGCAUGGUGGUUUCUUUGAUCAUGUGCCAACACCGGUCACUGGUGUUCCAAGCCCAGAUGACAUCGUUGGUCCUGAGCCUUACAAAUUUCAGUUUGAUCGCUUAGGUGUUCGGGUUCCUUCCAUUAUGGUAUCCCCUUGGAUUGAGAAAGGAACUGUGUUACAUGGGCCUUCAGGACCAUAUCCUACAUCCGAGUUCGAACAUUCCUCAAUACCUGCAACUGUUAAGAAAAUCUUCAACUUGAAAGAGUUUCUUACCAAGCGCGACGCAUGGGCUGGUACUUUUGAGUCUGUGAUCAGCAGAGAGACUCCAAGAACUGAUUGUCCAGUAACUUUGCCGGAACCAGUCAGAUUAAGGGAGACUGAAGCAAAAGAAGAUGCUAAAUUAACGGACUUCCAGAAAGAAUUGGUUCAGAUGUCAGCAGUUUUAGGGGGAGACCACAUAAAGGACACUUAUCCGCACAAACUAGUGGAAGACAUGACUGUCGCUACAGCCGCGGAUUAUGUUCAUAAUUCCUUCAAGAGAUUCUUAGAUGAAUGUGAGAGAUUGAGGCAAAAUGGAGCAGAUGAAUCUACUAUUUGUUCUUUACCAGCAGAUCUACCAGAGAAACAAGCAAAAUCUCCUUCUUUUGUUUCCAAAUUCUUUUCUUGUAUAGCUUGCAAUAACUCUUAAACCCUGAAGCUGCUAGCAUUCGAUCUGCAGUCAUAUGAUGAAUGUUUCUCAAUCUUCGUUACACAUGAAAAACUCACUAGUUUGUUGUAUUUGGUCUUUGUUUUUAAGUGUAAAGGGAUAACGCACUCCUGAAGUUGUU